AUGCUGAAGGUAACAUCAAAAAGUGACAAAUCAAAUUUUAUCUAUCUAUCUAUCUAUCUAUCUAUCUAUCUAUCUAUCUAUCUAUCUAUCUAUCUAUCACAGACUGUUCAUAUCUAUCUAUCUAUCUAUCACAGACUGUCUCAGUCUGUCUUUUGUUGCUCUUUGUUCGGGUCUCAGUCUUUUGUUGAUCUUGGUUCAGGUCUCAGUCUGUCUUUUGUUGAUCUUGGUUCAUGUCUCAGUCUGUCUUUUGUUGAUCUUGGUUCAGGUCUCAGUCUGUCUUUUGUUGAUCUUGGUCUCAGUCUGUCUUUUGUUGAUCUUGGUUCAGGUCUCAGCCUGUACUUUCUUGAUGUUGGUUCAGGUCUCAGUCUGUCUUUUGUUGAUAUUGGUUCAUGUCUCAGUCUGUCGUUUUUUGGUCUUGGUUUGGUUCUCAGUCUGUUUUUUGUACCAUUCUAA